GCUACUUCAAGCCUACGAGCAUAGAGAUCAUACAUACUAACUCCUACGAGAGAGGCGAGGUGGUGCAGAUAUGCGUUCUAAUAGGAAACCGAAACUUCCUAUCCUUCGGGCGAUAUUUGAAGUGAAUGAGGAGGUAAAUUUUAAAAAAUAAAGUUAACAUACAAAAAAAUUCAAAUUCAAAGAAAUUAAUUGAUAGAACUUUGAUAGGUUCGCAGUUCCUGUAAAUUGUUCAUUUAUUAAAAUCCCCACAUGCUAGGCGGCGCUAUAUGUAACCCUACUGUUAUAUUGGAACUUUAUUUUUUCUAGACUGACUGUCGGUGCUUCUCCUUCCUCAAACAGCUGUACCGCUGUUUCUGUGCUGCGACCCGGCUGGUAGUGCUGGUAGCGAACAACGUCGUACCCGUUUCUACCAACCAGCAAGUCAGGCAAGCUUCCAGCUUUGACGAGCUGGAAGCUGGAAGCACACUGCACUGGAUACAGAGUGUGUGCGCCAUUUUCGAUUCUUUUGAAAACCCCGAUCGUGUGUUGUGCCGCGCGCGAUUCCGCGAUGCUACAGCCUCUGUCACUGGUUCGUGAAAUGGGACACAGCAAAGACACUUGCCCCUGAAACGAACGUGAAAAGCUUACGUAAGCCUUUGUUCCGAAUUUGUUUACGCUUGCACAUAGCGAACGCCUACCAGAGUCGCCCUUGUCGCUGAUGCCAACUAGGUUUAAGGAUGACGACGACAAGGCCUGCGCAGGCGUGCUUCGAGGCCCUACCGAACGAAAUACUCUUUCGGAUAUUUUAUUCGCUGGACGCCAAGUUUGUGGUCAGCGUAGUGAGUAAAGUGUGCACGCGUUUUUCGGCCGUGCUGAGCGACUCCAGCUUCUGGCAACAGAAGCUGUUCCUAAGGUGGCCCAAGAAGUAUCCGGUAGCACCAGACAACGAAAGCGUUGAUUGGAAGGAAACCUGCCUUGAGAGGGAGCGCCAGUUCGAGCAAUGGACCGACUGGGAAAACAAGAUGGCAAAAAUAACCAUUCGUGACCCCCACGAAGGGUCGCUCAAUUCUGUUUUGCUGAUAGAUAAAGGCUCUGUCUGUGCCACGACAUCCAGGGACCACGACCUGCACAUCUGGGAUGUUCGAGAGAAGACCAGCGCUCCAGAAAGUUGCAGCAGGCAGGAGCGACUGGUGCACUCGGUGGUGGAUGCCCAUGACGGCUGGCUCUGGAGCCUACACAAUGUCGAUGGCGUUCUCAUCACCAGUUCGUUCGAUCGCACCGUAAAAUUCUGGGACCUCGACCACGCCUUGCAGUGCCUCGGCUCCUUCAAAUUCCGGAGCAUAGUGCUAUCGAUCUGUGACGCCGACGGCCUGCUGUGCUUCGGCACCUUUGACGGCACCGUCUACUGCCACGACCCGAGGGAGGGCAAGGAGCCCACGCCGCGCUACAACCGUGGAACGGGCUGCGUCACCUGCCUGGCAACCGACGGACGGAGCCUCGUGGCAGGCUGCGACUCGCACUGGCUACGUGUCUUCGACCAGCGCGCUCGCAGACUCAGGCAGCAGAUCAAGUUCGCUUCGCACCCGUCGGCGCUGUCUUUCGACUCGCGACAGCUGUGGGUUGGAUCGAAGGGUGGCGGCGUUCACAUCAUGGACAUGACCACCGGGAGCGCCAAGGAACUCCAGUGUGUCAGCGUGGAUGUUGGGGUUGACCGGUCGAAAGUCUCGACCGGGAUCUACCACUCACUGAGCAGCGUCCUCGUGUCUUACAUGGGAGGGCCCAUCCUUGUGCUGGAGCCCAGCCUGGACCCAGAAGUCAUCUCGAAAGGCGUCGUGGGACAAACGGUCUCCAGGUUCCACGUGUGCGACCGGACCUUGGCCACGGUCGGAACCGACCUGCUCGAAGUUUGGAGACCCAGAUUUUUGGAAUGAGGCGCGAAGAACUAAACUACCUGCUUAGGUCAUUAAUACCCCACCCAGUCAAGGAGGGGACCGUGAAACAAGAUGGUGGCAUUUACAAACUGGGCGACCUUUACACUUACCACGGGCAAUUUUCUCGUCAAGAGGAGACUGGGUCCUGGUGCGACGUAGGCACUUUAAACAACUACCAGCUGCAGUUUUCUUUUUUUAAUAGCAUUUCUGAGUGAGCCCUACACACUUUCGCGUCCAUAUGUCCAUAUAUUCGUUUGCAGCCAAGGUAGCAAGUGGAACGCAUCUUACGUGUCCACACUGCCACUAGGCAUACAAGGGGUAAUGUUGCCAAUGAAUGUGAUGUGAUAUAUAAAAGUAUCUGAAUGGCAAAUACAGUUAACAAGGGUCUUAAUAUGUUUAUAUGCAGAUGUGUUUUUGUCGGUAUAGUAAAAGAGGUAUGUUUUAAUCGCAGUAAUGCUACGAUAGAGGUCGUUGGUUCGUUGCACGAGGCCUGUCCACAGGAAGUGUAAAAUGAGAUCAGACAUUGAUGGAAGAUAUUCCCAGAAGCAGUCUCAGGUUUUCCUUUUCUUCUUCUUUUACUACUGAAAGCAGUGGCAUAGUAGUAGGUGUGCAACUUCCACCAAAUUUGUUUGGGUGGAUUUUCUGUCGCCAAGAGAUACUGUGUAUCUUUUCUUUUUCUUUCUUUAGUGUAAAGGACCAUCUUUUUGGGAGUAAAUAUAAAGAAGAGCAAAAAGGGUGGCCAGCCUCGUUAAUACUCUUGCUAAAAAUAAAAUAAAAAAAGAAUACUUCAUGCAGAUAUACACAAAAUUGUUUCAUGGUCCGUUUAACUGUUAUGUCAGUUAUCUCGGAAAACUGAUGGUUGCCUUUCGCCGGUGCAAUCAUUAAUGUUUGGGGCUUGACAGCUCCUGGCACCGGUGUUUCGUUCUGACUCAAAGUGCCUCCGUUUGUUCUUUCUAACAUAACUAAUUCAUUUAACUUAUUGAACAUAUUCUGGUGUAUAUGCUUUUGUAUAUAAAAUCUUCCCUUACUGACUUUUCUUCUUUUUCUUUUUUUUUUACAAAUGUUUAAAUAAAGUGAUAUUCCGCUGUUG